AAUAAAUAAAUAAAUAGUGAUAAACGCGAUGACAAUGGAGCUAAAUUGUUCAAGUGAAGCUCAAGAUUUAUUUGGAGGUGGUCAACGCAGUGUCGAUCGUUGCAAAACUUAAUAUAUCUAUAUACAUAAACAUAUAUAUAUAUAUAUAUAUAUAUAUGUAUAUAUAUAUAUACAUGUAUAUAUAAUAGUUUUAUAAAAUAUCUAAUGAUCAGUUAUAUUGUCUUGUUUAGUGAUGAAGCAGACGGCGAAUUCGCCUACAACUGCCCAAGUGCAGUCAUUAGUUUUAAUCGGAAGAAUAAGACAAGAUCUCUAUCGGCGUUCAGCUGAAUCUGAUCCAGUUAUUGUCGAGGAUCACAAUUCUUGUUCAACUAGGUCAUUAAUAUCAUCAUCGGAGAUUAAGGACCAGCACCAUAACAGUUCACCAAAAAAAGAUGACCACCAGCAGGAUUCAAAAGCUAAAACACCACCGGGAAUGUCGAGAAUUUUAGAGGUUGAUGCCGACAAUUAUAUGCUGCGCAAAGGUUCUUCUUCGUCCAGUGGUACCAGCAACGGUGUCGUUGUCACCUCAACAACCACCAGCGGGCCGAUGUCCUCGGUGGUACCAAAUCUCGUGACAACGAGUCCCACCACCGGUAAUACCAAUAAUACAAUCAGCCCCUCAAGUAAUAUUGUCGCCGAUACGAUCGUUAUCGGAGCCCAAUCCGAGCACAGUCAAUCGCGCUUUACUUUAAAUAAUUCCAACAGUAACAGUACCAAUAAUAAUAAUAAUAAUAUUAGUAAUAAUACAAAUAACAAUAAUAAUAAUAGUAAUAAUAGCAACAGCAACAAUAAUUGGAAAUCCAACAAUAGCUCCUCAUCCUUAUACUCCAGUUCAGAAUCGGGAUCAGGUUCAGGAUCAGAUGUAACAGGAAUAGUAACACCGGAUUAUAAUAAUUCAAUUAAGAAUUCAAUAUCUUCAUCAACGAGCACGUGCGAAAACUCGGCAUGCGCCUCGUCACCCGGCAACGAGACCGGCCAAUCGUUAACGUCCUUCACCGCGCAACACCACCCGGAGCAGCCGCAUGGAAACGGUGACUUGGAGAAACGUUCCUCGAGGUCGCGGGGCGGCGCCACAGGCGUUCAACGUCGCUCAGCGAGUCAAACGCAAAUGAGCAACACGACAGUCGGCAGCUGUGACUCCACUUCUCCCAUCUUAUCCGCAAACAACACCAACAUCACCACUUGUACCACCAGCAGCAGCAGCACCACCACCACCACUACCAGUAUCACCAUUAAUACCAGUUCUAGUACCAGUACCAGUAACAGUACAGUCUCAACUACAAUUACUACCAGCAAUAGCAAAAGCAUCAGCACCAGUAAUACCGACAAUAGCAGUAGCAAUUCCUCUUCAGCAGCUCUCCUCACUUCCUCCUGUUACGGCCAUCAAGGCAAUGGCAAGACACGUCUUCCGGAAAAAAUAUUCGAUACGGUCCUCUUCAACGCCCUGACAACACAGAAUUUAUUGCAAAAUAAUACUAAUAGUAAUAAUAAUAUUAACAAUAAAGCACAAUUGACUGAUAUUCAGUUGAUGAAAUUUAGUGAUAAUAAUUCGCGUAUAAAAUCGUCGGAGUGGACGGUGGAGAACGCCGGUAGUGAGCUAAAUGUUGAUAGUAACAGUAUCCAGCUACAGCUUAAACAGCAGCAUGUAUCAUGCGCACGACCUCUUUCUUUUCACCGGCACAUGUGUUGGUGCACUAGCGCUAGUAAAGUCGUCCUGGUCCCAACAAAUUCUAGCAAUGAGCAACAAACUAAUGUCGACAAGGUCGACAGGCUCAUUGAACUCCCCGGUGUUGAUUCUGGUCAGGUUCUCAAAGUCAAAGAGAGUUUUAAUAAUUGUGAUGAACAGCAGUUGUUAACCCGGAGCAAUAAUAUCGUUAAUUACAAAAGUAUUAACGGUAUUAUUUGUAAUACAAGAAAUAGUAAUGGGGUUGUUGAUAACAAUAAUGCUAAUAACAAACAGUUUAAAAUAUUAAAUACACAUCAUCGACACAAUAAUGUUAUUGAUAGUAAUAAAUUUUCAAGUCUCUGUUGUUGUAUGUGUGGAUCUAUUUGUCCUACAGAGUGUCACGCCUGUUUCCACAUUGUUUGCAAGGAGUUCAGCGGUCAGCACUUGUGCCAGUGGAUCCCGAAGGGUCAUGCAUUGCCGGGGCAAGUUUACGAUGUAGAAAAGCCCGUCAACGAAUGGACAUCGCUGAAUGUCGUUGAAUGGAUGUCGGCCCUAAAUCUAUACCGCUAUGCAGACGUCUUCAAGUCUAAGGACAUCAAAGGCGCCGAUCUUAUUCAUUUGGAUCGGGAUAAGCUGAUGAAUAUGGGAAUAAAAGAUGAAUUCCAUCAAAAAAAUAUAUUGGUGUGCAUUGAAGAGUUGUGUCGGCCAUCUUCAUUGCCAGCAUUACCAGCAUCCGCAGCCGAUAACAGUACCAACAAAUCCCAGCAGCUGACAAUCAAUAAUGAUAUAACAUCAACUAAUAAUAGUAAUACUGGUAGUGAUCAUCCAUCACUAUCACUAUCAUCAACCUCUUUAUCAUCAUCAUCAUCAUCAUCAUCAGUUGCCCUUGCUGCAGCAACCACCAACGAUGCAGUUAAUAAUCAGAAGCAUAAUCUAAUACCACAUAGUUUUAGUGUGUUAGAGAGGUGCGACAAGUGCCACAAAUAUCUUCGGGGUCUUUUGCAUCAAGGAUUCCUCUGUCAAGAUUGUGGUUUGGUCGCCCACAGAACGUGCUCAGCAACGGGUUUGCCCACGGCUUGCAUACCAUCUGACCAAGAGAGUCGUGCUAACCGAUUGGUUUCAGUUUUUGGCCUUGCAUUAUGCUCUCAAUUUGACACGAAGGUACGAUCGGCGCCGAUACUCGUCGAAAGAUGCACUCGUGUUCUCGAAGAAAGAGCUUUUAAUGAUUUAUCAUUAGAUUUAUAUAAAGUUUAUUACAACAGUCCGCCUAAUGAACAAACCUUAGAAUUACGUCAAAAGCUCAAUCAAGAUGUCUGCAAUACUGAUUUGAGUUCCUAUAGCCUUCAAUGUAUCGCCAGUGUGUUGAAAAAAUUUUUACGGGAACUACCCGACCCUGUGAUACCAGUUCAAUGGUACGAUAGAUUUUUAGAAGUCUCAGGUCUGAAAAAUGAUGAACAAUGUGCAGUGAGGCUAAAUCAAUUAGUAACAGAAUUACCGGAGCAUCAUAGAAGUACAUUGUACUAUUUAAUGGCUCAUUUUUGUCGAAUUUGUAAAUUGCAACACACGCGAGGGUUCACGGAACCGCCGACAAUUCUUGUACAAGUAUUGUGUCAUAUAUUCCUGAGGCCUCCUUGGGAACGCAUUAUACAAGUAGUACACAAUACUGAGGCACAUAUACGUAUAAUGGAAUUGUUAUUAUUGCACGGUAAUUGGGGUGAGAGGUUACCAGAGUUUGCAAAUCCUCCACGUUUACCACCACGUAAAGUUUCGAGGCCACAGUUUCCAGUACAUGAACAAUUUAAUACUAUGGAUGAUGAUAAUGUUAUAAGUGAUCGUCAAAUUUGUAUUGAUAAUAAAGAACAUCAAACUCACAGGCCACGAACUCUCCAAGAUGCUGAAUGGUAUUGGGGCGACAUAACGAGAGAUGAUGUUAAUGAAAUGAUGAUUGAUGCACCAGAUGGUACAUUUUUAGUACGUAAUGCGUCUUCCAAAGGCGGAGAGUAUACAUUGACAUUACGAAAAGGCAGUACAAACAAAUUGAUUAAAAUUUGUCACCGUAACGGCAAAUAUGGUUUUUCCGAGCCGUACAACUUUCAUUCGGUAAUCGAAUUGGUUGAUUAUUAUCGCAACUGCUCACUUGCACAGUAUAAUUCAACUUUAGAUAUCAAAUUACUCUACCCAGUCUCAAGAUUCCAACAGGACGAUGAAAUAACAAGUACUACUAAAGAUAUGCCAGAUGUUAUUAAAAAGUUAAUUGAUCUGAAUAAAAAAGUCGAAGUGCAAACUAAAAAAUAUCAAGAAUACGCAUCCGAGUAUCACAAGACAGCGUAUGAGGUUCAAAUGAAACGUCAGGCACUGGAAGCAUUCUGUGAAGCUAUUAAAUUAUUUGAAGAACAGAGUAAACUUCAAGACAAAUAUCAAGAAGAAGCGCAGCCACACGAGAUAUCUACAUUGACUGAUAAUGCUGAAUUACUGAGAAGCAGAUUGAAAUCAUUGGAAGAUAGUCGUGACCAGCUUGAAGAGAGUUUAAGAACUCAAGUAACUUACAAUCGUUCUCUUGAGCGUGAAAUGCAUAAACUCAAACCAGAUCUUAUAGAGCUUACAAGAAGUCAAGAUAAAUACUCUCUGUGGCUGAGGAAUCACGGAAUGAAACAGUCGAGGAUUGAUCAAUUGACAUCAAAUCAUGCGCUAUCAAAUCAAUUUGGUGGAGAUUCGGUGCUAGGUGACUUGCAAGAGGUUGAUUUAGUGCACUAUAAUGAAGCGACGUGGCUUUAUCUUGAAGGUUCCAGAACAGAUGCUGAUAUAUUAUUGUCUGGACGACCUAAUGGAACUUUUCUUGUGCGUAAAUCAAGAACUGGACAGUACGCUCUUUCAAUUAUGUGUAAUGGUACGGUAAAUCAUUGUAUUAUAUAUGCAACAGAAAGAGGGUAUGGUUUUGCAGAGCCAUACAACAUUCACAAUACGCUAAAAGAUUUGGUACUGCAUUACGCGACAAAUUCUCUUGAAGAGCACAACGAAAGUCUCAACACAACUUUGAUGUACCCAGCAUUAGCGCCUCUGCCGAGUCUAGGUCAUCGGCAAACCCAGCAAAUAAUUUCGCAAAAUCAAAAUCACUUAGAUAUGGUCAACAGUCUGCGUAUGGGCGGUUGAUCGCCCUAAAUAACGCUCCUCGUGAUUUAAAAUAUGUAUUAAUACCUUUUUUAUGAAAAAAUGGUAAAAAUUAAUAACUGAUCAAGGUAAUAACUUGGUCAUCUUUAGCUGUGAGUCCGCGAGGUGUGGAUGAUGGUUGUGAGAUUUGUGAUGCUUGGACAUUUGUGAUGUCAAUAAAAAAGAGGUUGGUGAGAGAGAGUAAUCAGGGGGGAAUAUAAACAAAGGUAAUAAUAAUGACACUUGAAACUUUUAUUUCGUAAAUAGUUAUUAUAAUCUUGCCGUUAUUGAAGAAGCCACUUGAGAAUAGUCUUUCCGAUAUUAAAUUCCCAUAAGUUUAUUAUUAUUAUUAUUAUUAUAAAUUAUAAUAAUUGAAUGCUAGAUGAUAUAACUUUGAUUAACUUUAAUCAACAAUAAAAUCACAACAAAUAAUAGUUAAUGAUGAAUUAAAAUAAUAAUAAUAAUUAAUCACUAAUUAUAUAUAAUAGAAAUAACAAACUUGAGACAUUUUUAUUAAUUAAUUAAAUAUGUUAAUUGAUUAACAAUACAAGAACAAAAGAUAUAAAGGUGUAACAGUAAAUCGUCAUCCCAUCGAAUUUUCUCCAUCGUUAUACAACGAAUUUUCUUGAUUACGAAGGGGAGAAUUUAAAUCAUUAAAAUAAUGAAAAUUUAUUAAUUGAUGAUUUAUUAAUACGUAGAAAUAUAAAUGCUGUGCCAGCCCUAAGUUGCGCACCCGACCGAGUACGCAAAACAAAAGGGUUUGUAGAAUAACUGUCUGUGAUUUUGGAUCGAUAAGACGAGAUGAGGUCUUUUUUUUUGUCAGUAACUUUUUUUGUUAUUGCUUAAUUAUUUUUCAGCUUUUUAUUUCUUUUCUUAUAACUUUCUCUCUCUCUCUCUUUCUCUCUCUCUCUCUCUCUCUCUCUAUGAACCCACUUUAUAUUAUUCUUGUGUUGAGCACAAGAUUAU